GCCUGUUCCACCGUGCGAUGGCCAUGAGUGGCAACUCGUUCACGCCGUGGUCCUUCCACUCCCCCGGCGAGGCGCGCCGCCAGGCCCGCGUGCUGGCCACGCACACGGGCUGCCCGGAGUCCCCCAGCGACGCGCUGGCCGAGUGCCUGCGCUCCAAGACGGCCGAGGAGAUCAUCAGCGUGGACAAGCGCUUCGUGGAGUGGGACAUCCACCCGCACAUGCCGUUCAAGGCGACGGUGGAGAGCCGCGCCGCCGAGGACGACGACGACGCGCCGUUCAUGGACAUGCACCCGCGAGAGGCCUACGCCGCGGGGUACCUGCACCAGGACGUGCCCUUCAUGACGGGCAUCACGUCGCACGACGGCGGCGUGUCCGUGGCAGUGAUCCUCGGCAACGAGACCAACCUGGAGCUAUUGAACGAGCGCUUCGUGUACCUCACCAACCUCAUCAUCGGCUUCGGCAGCUACCCCGAGCCGCUGCGCGUCGAGACGCUCGAGCGGGUGCGCCACUUCUACUUCGGCGACGGACCCAUCGGCAAGGACGCCGUGUUCAAUAUAAUCGAUAUGGCUACCGACGCGGUCUUCCUGUACCCGACCAUGCAGGUCAUCAAGCAACACAAGAAGCACACCAAGGCCCCCGUCUACUUUUACGAGUUUGCUCACCUCAGUCAGAGUCAUAGGAGUUUCAUCGUGACGUUUGGCGCGCCGUCUGCUGAUUAUGGAGUCUGCCACAGCGACGAACUGCAGUACCUGUUCCCCAUGACGGAGGUGCUGCCUGGCGAACUCGCCACCGACGACGUGUUCGUGUCCAGGAAGUUUAUCGAGUACAUCGUGCGCUUCGCGAGGACGGGGCAACCCAUGCCUGACCGCUCCUGGCAGGAGGUGCGGCACCCGGAGGCCGCCGAGUACAUGCACAUCGGGUCUCCUGGGGACAUCCAGAUGAGAGCCAACAUGGCGCCGAAGCGCAUGCAGCUGUGGUCCGAGGUUCCCAUCCAGAUUGGCCGUAUGCCGCCGGCGCACGACGAGCUGUAGGGGCGUAACGCCACCGGCAGCUUACAACGGCAGACCUAAGACUAUUGUGUACACACAGGGUUGCCGGUAAUAUUUCCAAGUUCCGCAUGCAGGCGCCUGGACGCGUUGCCUACUCGCACGGGGUACAUUACCAUCACAAAAUAUUACCAGCGGGUAUGUAGGCCACCCUGCAGUAUCAAACGCUUGAUGGGAUGCUACGAACUACCUGACUAAAACUACUUGGCUGUGUUGUUAAAUAUAAGAAUUCGUAAAGCCCAAUUUUUUUAAAUGUAGUCCAAAACUGCUUCAUGACCGGUGCUACCAGUGCUUCACGUGCGCACACCGUGCCUCGUGCCACCAAGUAGUAUUUAUCGACCAAAUACAUAAACUGUAAUAGAAUUGAGGAACAUGAUCGAUGUGUAAGCGGCUCUGUACUGGAAUACUGCAAUAAAGAAAAAUUAUCGUACAAACUCUAAAAAAA